GGACUUCAGAGACAGAGCAACAGAGAUGACACCAUAUCUGCAGAGACUGACCAUUCAAUUCAGUACCAAAUUGAGAAUGCCAUCCAAAGACAACUGCGACCCAUAUAUGGCGCCAGACUUGCCAUCAGUAGUCGCACAGACAGUGGAGUCCACGCUGUGGUCAAUACGGCUCACUUGGAUCUCACCCAUCCAUCCACUGACACCAGAUAUAAGCCAUCGUUUAUAACACAGUCUGUGAACACAUAUCUGGCGAAGAAUGGACACGAGAUAAGGCAUACUAUUGAGCACUCAAUUGGUUGCCAACGGCUUCAACAGUCGGUCGGACGCCAAAUGGCGGACCUAUUUGUAUCGGUUGGCAGUUGUGAACUCGCCAGUGGAUCCAAGCAUCAAAUGCUUGGACUGUUAUCUCCCGAUUUGGGAACUAAACAAAUAGGUCCUGUCAAUGCGGAUGAGAUGUUAAGAGUUGUGAACUUAUUUAAAGGGAAACACGAUUUCCGUAGCAAAUGUGGUUUUCGUAUCAGACGAAUGAUUGGCGGUAUUAUCGAUGUCGGUCUCAAUCGAUUUAAAUACGAACACAUGGAGUGGCUUCUGAACAACCCGUCUCAUAAGAAUUGGGGGUUUCAACAAACUGUAGCUCCGGCUAAAGACUUAAAAUUAUACGACGAUUUGGGCAAUAAAGCGAAUGAGUUUGCAAAUAGUUAUCCCAAUUAUAGCGAAAUCAUUACCCAUGAUGGCAGUCAAUGCUCUAAACCUCUCAACGGAUUACGAAAGGAUACAAAAAGAUCUGAUCCGACGUCCAAA